AUGUCAAUAAUAGAGGUUCUGGGAGUUACCCUUCCUUGGAAAGAUAUAUUUGCUCAUGAAGGUCCAGGUGCACGGUUUUAUGAACUUUUGGAUCACAGAGAACCCAACCCAUUUUUGUCCAGUUUGGACAUGAAUCCAUUUAGUGAUGCUGAUUUGGGCAAGGAAAAAGUGGUAGUACCUGCACAACAGGAUGCAUCUGCAAAUCUAUGGGUAGACCUUUUGACUGGAGACCAUCUACCAUCAGAAUCUAUUUCUCAACCAGUGAUGCCAAAUGGUGAAGCUAUUUCUAAAGUCACUUCAGCCGAUGACAAAAGUCCUUUGGUUGGUGGCACUCAGCAGUACAUAAAUUGUUACAAGUUGCUUGCAGGCCCACAUAUGGGGAAUAAACUAGGAUUUAUGGAAGCCAUGAAACUGGAAAUUGAAAGGCUUCACCUAAAUCUUUCAGCUGCUGAUAGGGACAGAGCUCUAUUAUCAAUUGGUGUAGAUCCUGCUACCAUAAAUCCAAAUUUAUUGCUUGAAGACGAGGCUUACAUGGGAAGAUUAUGCAGGGUAGCAAACACACUGGCUAUGCUUGGGCAGGCUUCAACUGAAGACAGUACUACUGCUUCUAUUGGGCUGGAGCCAAUUGAUGGUAGUGUUAUAGACUUCUGGAACAUUGCUAGGAUGGGGAAAGCUGUUCAAGUUCAUGCUGAAGCUGGAAUAGCUGCAAAUGCAUCUCCGUCUUUGGCUUCUUCGGUGUCUUCACAAUCUUCCUUCUUGUGUUAUCAAUGUGAGAGAAAGGUCUGCAAAAUUUGUUGUGCUGGAAGAGGAGCUCUUCUGCUGGAAGGUUAUACCUCAAAUAUGGCCUCCAGCUACAGUGGGGGGUCAAACCAGGGAGGAUCAGUUCAUGGUAGCUCAGUUGAUGCAUCUCUGAAUCGUUCAACGACACUGGAUGGUUUUAUCUGUAAACUGUGCUGUCAUCCUAUUGUGCUUGAUGCACUGACAUUGGACUAUGUCAGGGUUUUGGUAAGCAUUCGGAGAAGUGCUCGUGCAGAGAUUGCUGUACAUCGAGCAGUGGGCCAUGUAAUUGGAUUUCCUUCAAGGGACUUUCUUAAAAGAAAUCAGAGUUUGGAUAGGCAGGAAAGUGCUCGAGCCUUGAGACAGUUACUUAAUGGGGAAGAAUCUCUUGCUGAAUUUCCCUUUGCUAGUUUUCUACAUUCAGUUGAGACAGCAGCAGUUUCAGCACCUUAUUUGUCAUUGCUGACACCACUUGAUCCUGGAUUAAAGCCUUCAUAUUGGAGAGCUCCUCCUGGUGCCUCGCAUGUUGAAUUUGUUAUUGUUCUUGGUGACCUUUCUGACGUGUCAGGUGUUAUCCUACUUGUUAGUCCUUGUGGAUAUUCAAUGGCUGAUGCUCCCACACAGUCUUUUUCGUGGUUUAGGAGAGAGAUGGGGAGACAGUUGCCUGCUGUUUUCUUUGUAAUCAUCAGAUGCCGGAUCUUGUGCAAAAUUUGGGCCAGUAAUAAAAUACACAAAGAAGAAAGAUCAUGCAUGGGAAAAUGGGAUAUGCGCUCUAUGAUCACAUCUUCCUCAGAACUAUCUGGACCAGAAAAUUUGAGUGAGAAGGCAGUUCCUAGACAUAUAAAAUUUGCCUUUCGGAAUCCUGUUCGGUGUCGCAUCAUUUGGAUAAUGCUAAGUCUUCAGAAGCUUAAUUCUAGUCGUGGAAGCCCUGUGAGAAAAGAUAUGGAUCUUGCAUCAUCACAAGGUUCUGACCAGAUAAAUUCAAGGAGCUGGUUGGAAAGAGUUCCACAAUUGAAUAGAUUCAAGGUUCCAGUAGAGGCUGAAAGAUUAACAGACAAUGAUCUUGUUUUGGAACAAUAUCUAUCACCAGCUUCACCUUUGCUAGCAGGAUUCCGUCUUGAUGGUUUCAGUGCAAUAAGGCCUCGAGCAACCCAUUCACCUCCUUCAGAUGUAAAUCUUUGGGAUUCAUCAUCAACAUUUUUAGACAAUAGACAAAUAACUCCAGCUGUAUUGUACAUUCAAGUGUCUGCUUUCCAGGGCUAUGCUUAA